AUGCCAUCGAGCCAUUCUGUUUCGCCGGUUAAGCGCUCGGUCUCCUCACCGCAGGCGCCGCCGGACCACUCCGCGAUGUCCCGUCAUUCUUCGUCCACCACUGCAGCCCAUCAACCCCAGCCCCACAAGUCAACGGUCCAUAAAUCACACCGUCCGUACGUCGUCGGUACCCAUCGCGUGCAUGGACGGACGCAGUCGCAUAAGAACUUAAAUAAACUGCACAGAUUGGCCCUUGUGCAUAAUUUGGCUGUUGAUGGGGUGGCCGCUCCCCCGACCCCCUUUCGUCAUCAACGCAAAAAGUCCGCCCCCGUCUCACCAUCAACCAGUCCGCGAACAAACCAGAACCACGUUCGGUGGAAUCAGUCGACAAUACCGCUUACGGCCGCGUCUCCUAACACCACAGUGAGAAAAAAUUUGUCCACUCCUGCGCUGAGGCGGAAUGGAUCUGGGAUACUCGUCAAGAAGACUCAUGUUGUGAAUCAAACUGAAAAGGCCGAGACUUCUGAGAAGAAAACGGUUGGAUUCACGCUCGUGGACUCAGACGGCGAGGACGAAUGGGAAGACCACAGCUCCAUUUCAGCUUCCAGCACAAGGCGUAACUCCAUUGUAUCAGCAAAAAUGAAUGGACAGAAUAGCCUCACCGCCUCUGUCUCCUGCGCGAAGUCUCCCCUUGUCCAGGAGAGUCACAAUACGGAUAUUAACGACAGGAAUGUCCCACGUCAAGAGGAGCAAUUACAAAAAGGUCACGCCCGUGACAAGGAUGCCGUUUCUGAGGCACCGUCGGAUCAAACACGCGCCUCAGACCAACACCUUAUCGCAUCACGCAUCUUACACCACCCCCAUUCUUCGAAAGUUCCCCCCGCAAUAUCUUCCAUAUCCGCCACAGCCACCCCCUUGCCCUCUGACCGAAGCCCUCGUUCCUCUUCCUUUGCGAAUUUAGCUUCCAGCCUUAACGCUGUGAGCCACUCCCCCGCUCCAUCUACUCUAUCAUCGAUGGCGAUGAAUAACCCCCAUGCUGCGUCCUCGUCUGCCGAGGGAGGUGUAUCGCGUUUCUUGAUCAACAGUACUGGCCCUCGGACCGACCCGCGUUUCAGCUCCGGCCCUUCCACUCCUUCAUCUUUCCUUCCACAUUAUCAUCCGCAAUCACCACCUUCUCCCGAAUCAACUGCUCUCAAACGAUCGAAGUCUCCCAAGCCCCCCAACAAUGGACCCAUCGAGCCGCAUUCUCGUACCCAGCAAAAGCUUUGGCUUCAAAGAACAGCCACGAUGUCCAAUUCCCCUCCCGAUACAUUCAUUCCUGGGAUACCUGCGACCUCUACGAUCGAUUCCAAUUACGUGGCAGGCGCUCAGAGCCGCCCGGGUACCGGUGGCUAUGGGCCCGAUGGUCGUCGAUUCAUGAUAGGAGCGACUGGAUCUACCGGAGUAUCGACCGACGGCGAAAUCAAGCGCUCUCGAAAGAUAUACGAUAGGUUCACAACGGAAUAUUCUGUCGUCCAUCGCUUCAAAAACCCGGUUGUCGACAGUUUUAAACGAUUAAGGCAGAUUCCAGGUUCCAAUGCCGGUGGAAAAUUGACAAGAGUUAACUCCGCCCGUGACCUGGUCAACGGCCAUGAUCCGUCUCGCCCUCAAUCUCGAGAGGACAUGCUGUCUGCGACUGCAAUGGAAGAAGCCGGUGUUGGAAGCCAAUUUUUAAGCAAGACCCAUUCCAUGAAGCAAAGUCAAGUCCGGUUUCAAGGGCAAGAUGGCAUCGUCCAUGUUGGAGAGGUUGAACAAGGCGUCGAGCGAUUACAUCUGGAAAACCCUCCCUCCAGGACGUCCGUACAUACUGAUGGGAAUACAUACGGACAACAAAUCGAUGAUCAUGGCGACGUACGUACUGACAGUGCGUCGUAUCAUCCUACUGAAAGCGAACUAUUGAUUCGAAGGAUGUGGGAAAGCAGAGAGGUCCCUGUAGCGGGAGAAUAACCCGCGUAUCUAACGGUGAUGACUCUAAUCUCCGAUGCCUUUUUUUUGGUUAAAUGCCCAGUUUCUUCCCUUCUAGCCCAUAUUCCUCCCCCCCCCCCCCCCCCCACCCCCGGGUUUUUUCUUUCUUUGUUUUGCAUAUGGUUGGUUAGCGGUUGUGCAUUGCUUUUCUUUAGAUUGCGGACUAGAUAACCUAGGUUUUACCGUCAGUUACACUCCUGACUGGCUUUAGUGUAUGGCAUGGGAUUUUAUGGGAUAUUAUCGCGUUACUUACGUAUGUGCUCUGUCGGAUUCUCACUAAUUUGGAAUCCGAGACUUGAUGUUUGAUAUUGGGUUUCUCCGGCUACUCUUUCACAGGUUGGAUAAUUAUCAACUAUUGAUCUGCUUUUUCUUUAAUUUCCAUUUAUUAUUGUGUUUUGGCUCCAGAGCGCAUUAUGUAUAUGGGCUAUACCAGCGCUCUCAUGCUCUUUCAAGCCUCUUUUCCUUUUAAUCAACAUUGAGCAGCCCAAAGGGCCGCAUCCUGAUCAGCUCUGAAAUAUGUGAAGAAUCGUGGAAGUGUUUGUAUGAUACAUGUGUAAGUACUGUAUGGCGUCGACAAUACACCUUAAACUUGUACUCGA